CCGGAAACCGGGACGGGUGAGGCGCCUCUUCCCUUCCUGGACGUCCCUGCCCCGCCCGCUGCGCAAAUGGUGAACUUGGGGCUGUGGCGGGUGGACGAUGAAGUGGCGGCCAAGCACCCGGGGCUGCAGGAAUAUGCUGCCUGCCAAUCGUUUGCUUUUAUGAAGGGCAUUGGCACCUUUAUUGCAGGCUCCGGGAUGACCUUUGCCCUUCAGAUGUUCAGCCGGAAGAGGCGUUACUCGUUCCAGUGGAAUAUUCUUGUUUCCUUGGUUGUGGGUUCAGUUGCCAGCUAUGCAGUGACCCGGUGGGAAACACAGAAGUGCUCUAAUUUAUGGAUCUUCCUGGAGACUGCAGAGCCUGUCCAGGAUGUGGCCAAAGAGAAAGUGCCCACUCAAGAUUCCAAAGAGAAAACACAGAUGGGAGAGAAAAAGAACAAGUAUGGAGAUGUUGUGAAUUAGCCCGAAGAUUCUUCAACAGGCUGACAGAGAAGAGAAGUCUCCUAUGUAUGGCUGAACUCCUUGCAGCUGGAACUCUUUCUAGGUUAGGGCUCAGUGGAGGGUUAUCAUAAACACAUACUGGAUGUACCCCCUAUCCAGUUCCGCUGUUGUUACUAUAACAUUAUUAGGGAAACAUGAGAUGUGUCGGCCCUAUGUAAUUUGCCUUUCCACACAACCAAAAAUGGUACUUUGUGUCACAUACUUCCCUACCUAGAAAAGUUGGGGAAAGAACAAUGGAAACUAGAUUCACAGCUGCUAUUUUCCACUGUAGGCUGGCACUGGAUUUUGCACUUGGUUGUAUUCUUCAUUAUGUCUGUUACCAUGACAAUUCAGAUCCAUCCUGAAAAGUCAGCCCAUAUUUUUUACCAUAUAAACAACACCUUAUCAAUGACUAA